GGUUGAUAAUCUGACUGAUAGCUGAUUAUUCUGAAUUACGAAUAAAACGUGGAAUGUCAUCUUCCCUAAUUAACUCCCCCUUCACUCCCAUUACACCAUUACUAAUAAUUAAUCACCCCCUUUUUUUCAAAUACAAAAUCACUUUUAAACAAUUUUUCCUCCAAAAUUAAAUUCUCAUUUUCAAACUCACUCUCUCUCUUCUUUCUCUCUCCUCCCUACCUUUGUCUCUUCCUUCAAAGAUCUAUCAUCCCUAAAAAAACAACUCAGACAUUUUCUCUCUCCUCCUCUCUCCAUUGUCGUCUUCCUCCUUUGAACCUCUCAACACCACUAUAUAAUGCCGUCUUCUGACACUGACUCUGUCUUUCCUUCUUCUCCUUCCUUGGGAUUCGCAAUGAGUAGCAGUGAGAUGAAUUUUGCGGAUGUGAACAAUUUGGAGCAUUGUAUAAAGUAUUUAAAUCAGACGCUUGUUACAUUCGGAUUUUCGGCUUCGCUUGAUCUGUUUGCUAAUGAUCCAGUUUCGGUGGCUCGUACUUGUAAUUGUAUGUACUCUUUGUUGCAGCAGAGGCAGCGUGAUAUCGAGUUCCGAGAAUCAGCGAAUGAGCAAAGACAGCGACUUAACUCAGACAUAUCAAGGUUGGAAGCCAAGAUCGAGAGGCUUGAGUCACAGCUGGCAACAAAAGAUAGGGAGAUAGCAACAAUUACUCGAACGGAAGCCAAGGCAAGAGCUGGAUUUAAAGGACAAAUUGAGAAGUUGCAGCAGGAGAGAGAUGAAUUCCAGAAAAUGGUUAUCGGAAACCAGCAAGUGAAAACUCAACAACUGCAUGAAAUGAAGAGGAGAGAGAAAGAGUACAUAAAAUUGCAGGAGAGGCUUAACCAAGUUGUGAAUGAGAAGAAGAAGGAAUCUAGAUCUGGCAUGGAGAUAAUGAAUUUGCUGCAGAAAGAAGGAAGGCAGCGUGGCACAUGGAAUGGAAAGAAGACAGACAAUGACUUCUAUAAAAAGAUUGUUGAUGCUUACGAGGUCAAAAAUCAAGAACUGAUGCAAGAGAACAACGAUUUGAGGGCCUUGUUGAGAUCAAUGCAGGAGGAUAUGCGUGGUUUCCUAAAUGCCCCGAAUGGUUCAACCAAGCAACCUCUGACCUCCAAUGAAAAGCAUGACAAUGAUCUUUCACAAUCUCCUUUUGGCGGAAAGACGGAUGUCUUUGACCUUCCAUUCCACAUGGGCAGGGGUCAAAUUGAGGAAAACCUUCGCGCAAAGAUGUCUUCAAUAAAGGAGCGCUUAUGUCAGCUACAAGAUGCACAAAAAGGAGCUGAUGUUACUUCUGAAGUCACUGAAAGGGAGCUUGAACUUGAAGCACAACUUGUGGAAGCAAGAAGCAUAAUUCAAGAGCAGGCAUCUAUAAUGUCCAAACAACUCAAGUCAGAAAGGCGUAGGGAAUCACUUGUAUCGACACCAGAGGUAAAUUACCUGUAAUUGUUCAGGGCUAAACAGCUAGGUAACUGUUGCAUUUCCUGCUUCUUGGCUGAACUGUUGAAUGAUUGUUAUCAAAUUGCCUUCAGCAGUAACCGAGAACAAGCAAUUCAGGCUAUAGAGUGAUCUGAUCUGAUCUGAUCACGUAUGUACUACCAGAACUUCUGGAUGUAUGAAGAAUCAUCUAACAUAACCGUCGGCUAUAUUUGCAACCGACUCUCACUUGACCUUGUAAAAUAUCUACGAAGAGGGUGCUAUUCGUGUAGAAACUGUGUAAUAUAUGUCGUUCCAUGUGGGCAGAGGGGCUUGAAACUAAUGAAUACACUAUUCUAUUAGUCCAUCAGUUAAUCGGUUUAGUGUAGGUUAACAUGCUGUUUAUAUAAUGAUUUAUGUCUAAGGUCUAUACUAUGAUCAGUUUCCAGCUGAGUUGAGUUGGAUUAGAUUCCAUUCUAUUAUCAAUUGUUAAUGUAAUAUGAUCAUUAAUCAGCUGUAUGUCUAGGCUGUAUUCAGUCGUAUGUGAGAUUAAUAUUAAAUACUCUGAAUUAAUCCAGUAAUCGCUCUUAUUUUCUCC